AGCAGUUUUCCCUUUGUAGCCAGCCAGCGCUACAUGCUCGCAGCUGACGCAGCAGCAACAGUUAACGGUGGAGCUCCCGUGAAAAGCGAGUCGCGUUCGGUUCUAUCGGUUGAUAUUAUUCAUAAUGAAGAAAGUAAAAUGGGCUCCGUCCUGACAGUUUCUGGGUUGUGAUCAAUGACGGUCUGCGGUGGAGUCGGUGACUGACAUGGACGCUGGUGACAUUAAGGAUGUGAAGCUUUCACCUGAAGUGGAACCGUUUAUCCCACAGAAGAAAGGUUUUGAAGGAUCACUGGUCAGCAUGAGUCUCUCCGGCGAAGCGGGAGGAGGAGGAGGGGGUGUCGGUAUAGGAGGCGGCAGCGGAGGGGUGGAAACCGCACCCAUACCCAGCUACCUCAUCACCUGCUACCCUUUCGUCCAGGAAAACCAACCCAACAGGCAGCAUCCUUUGUACAACGGAGGGGAGCUGCGCUGGCCGCAGCCCAACCCCAGCCCCGGAGGUCCAUACCUGGCCUACCCCAUCUUGUCUUCCCCACAGCCACCUGUCUCUAAUGACUACGCUUACUACCAGAUCAUGCCUGCUCCAUGUCCUCCUGUGAUGGGUUUUUACCAGCCCUUCCCUGGGACAUAUCCAAGUCCAGUUCAAGCUGGAGUGGUCAGCCCCGUGUCCGCGGAUGUCGGGGAAAGGCCUCUGCCACUGGGGCCUACCUAUGGUAUGGCCAGCCAGAGAGGAAGAGGCAUGCCUCGAUCUAAUGUUCUUACCAAGCAGCCACAUUUAGGUAUCUGCCAGCCUUCAAGAGGUCGCCGGCUUCCUGCUAGAAACAUAGCUGUGCAAAAAGAGGUGUGCACAUUAACGCCUGAUGGUCGGACCAAGACCGUUAUGUUGGUGGAUGCAGCACAACAGACUGAUUUCCCAGGUGAGGUGUCGGGGCGUUGUGCUGCUGAGCGCAUUAGCCCACAAAUGUGGAACAACCGCACGAAGAGAAGACGACCUUCCCACCCAGCAGAAGGCUACAACGAGCAGGGUGCCAGUGAGGCUGAUAUAGACAGCGACAGUGGCUACUGCAGUCCCAAACACAAUCAGGCGACCGGAGGGACACAGCGAACUCCAGAGAAUGCAGUUGCACCGAUGGGAGUUGACACAGGUGUCAUAAAGGCAGGUGCCUGGGUAAAUGUAGCAUCACAGGCUACUCCAAAGCACUGGAGGGAGAGAAAUGGCCAGUACCACCGAGCCGAUCAGAGGAAGAUUAGUGAACAAAGAAAUUUGUUGCAGGACUUCCACAAUGGCUACUCAGGACGCAUGAAGUCAAACCAGUCCGAACAAAGAGUUCAGCCGGUAGUGGUCACUGGUGCAGAUCUUACUCCAGAGCCACUUUACUUUGAGGAUGAGGACGAGUUUCCAGAUCUUGCAGCUGGAGGGUCUGUCCUACGCAACAACAAACAUGAACCUGCACCUGCUCAGACACACACUCAACCUAAACUGCCUAAAAAUCUGCUGGAUGGCCUACCAGAAAACUCUCCAAUCAACAUUGUGCAGACACCCAUUCCCAUUACUACCUCCGUUCCCAAGAGGGCUAAGAGCCAAAGGAAGAAGGCUCUGGCAGCUGCCCUGGCCACGGCGCAGGAGUAUUCAGAAAUCAGCAUGGAGCAGAAGAAAUUACAGGAAGCGUUCACCAAAGCAGCAGGGAAGAAGAGUAAAACGCCAGUCGAGCUCGACUUGGGAGAUAUGCUGGCUGCUUUAGAAAAGCAGCAGCAGGCUAUGAAGGCCAGGCAGCUCACAAAUACUAAACCACUAUCAUUUACAGUUGGAACGACCAGCCCUUUCCAAAGCUCAAGCUCCACCAAUGUGCCAUCCAUGCUGAGGGGUCAUCAACAAGCCCUCUCAGCCCCACACAACGCUCUGGAUUCCACUGCACCACGAGUGAAAAGGGGGAAGGAGAGAGAGAUUCCCAAAGUCAAACGCCCUACAGCCCUUAAGAAGAUUAUCCUAAAGGAACGUGAGGGGAAGAAAGGGAAGUCUUGCAUGGAACAAGAGUCUGCAGGCCAUGACGAGCAUGGAGAUGAGUGUCUCCAGUUUACAAAUGAUCUUUCGCGUGAACCUGCCUCCCAGGAAGAAAACGGCUUGAGCGUGCCCAGCGAUGCGUCCCUCUCCCCGGCCAGCCAGAACUCCCCAUACAGCAUCACCCCGGUGUCACAGGGUUCUCCUGCCAGUUCUGGAAUCGGCAGUCCGAUGGCUUCAAAUGCCGUCACCAAGAUCCACAGCCGGCGUUUCAGAGAGUACUGUAACCAGGUCCUGAGUAAGGAGAUCGAUGAGAGCGUGACUCUGCUGCUGCAGGAGCUGGUUCGCUUCCAGGAGCGGGUUUACCAGAAGGAUCCCACCAAAGCCAAAUCUAAACGCCGGCUGGUCAUGGGUCUCAGAGAGGUGACCAAGCACAUGAAGCUGCAGAAGAUAAAGUGUGUCAUCAUUUCUCCUAACUGUGAGAAGAUCCAAGCCAAAGGUGGUUUGGAUGAAGCUUUGUAUAAUGUGAUUGCCAUGGCAAGAGAGCAGGAGAUCCCGUUUGUGUUUGCCUUGGGCAGAAAAGCUCUUGGACGGUGCGUCAACAAGCUGGUGCCUGUUAGUGUUGUAGGGAUUUUCAACUACUCUGGUGCUGAGGGUCUCUUUGACCAAUUAGUGUCCCUGACAGAGGAGGCGAGGAAGGCCUACAAGGACAUGGUGUCUGCUCUGGAGCAGGAGCAGGCAGAGGAGGCUCUGAAAAAUGACAAGAAGGUCCCACAUCACAUGGGCCACUCACGCAACCACUCGGCUGCUUCAGCCAUCUCAUUCUGCUCCAUUUUCUCUGAGCCCAUCUCAGAGGUUAAUGAAAAGGAGUAUGAGACUAACUGGAGGAGUAUGAUGGAAUCCUCAGAUGCGUUGGAGCCUCUAGAGACGGAGGCAAGUCGCCCUGCCGCCUCCACAACCUCCCAGAGUAAUAAUAGUGAAACACCAGCAGCAAGCAGCAGCAGUAGCAGCGUCCCUGCCAGCUCCACAGCUACCCAGAGCAGGACAGGCCCCCCAAUGCAGGGUACCACGGACAGAGAGGAGGUCCGGGCUGACGACCGACUCGAGCUUGCUUCUCAAAGCACAGAGACGGGCUCGUUGGAUGGAAGCUGCAGGGGGCCGUUGACCUCCUCUAUCACGUCCACCACUUCCACCCUGGUCCCUGGGAUGUUGGAGGAGGCGGAGGAGGAGGAUGAGGAGGAGGAAGACUACACUCCUGAACCUAUUUCUGUAGAAGUGCCCACUCUGAGCAGUCGCAUUGAUUCUUGGGUGUCGAAAACCCUUGAAAACCUGCACCUGGGAAAAAGCCAAGAGAGUACAGAGGAAGAGGAGGAGGAGGAGGAUGAAGAAGAAGACAAGGGGCCGAGUGGGGAUGAAGACGAUCUGGACUCAACAGACCUCACAGAGCCAAAUGUGGAGGACAAAGAAAAGGCGGAAGCUAAGAAAGCCACAGUCUGAAGCUUCUCCGCUGGUUUUCUCUCUACAUGCACUGAAUAUUUCUGUCCUUUGUGGCUCUCACUCACCCCUCUACAUCCCUCUCUAUCCUUUGUGUCUGACCCCUGACACCAGGCAUUAUCUCAGGAAUCAACCAAUUGACCAACAUUCACACACACUUGGGGGGAAAAAAAAGAUCUGACCAGCUUACAGACCAAACGACUCCUAACACUACAACAAGGAUGCUCUCACUUCAGCCCAGAACCUGCAACACUUGAAUCCAGAGGGGUAACUUGAUUUUUUUUUUUUUUUUUUUCUCCACCUCUGAAGCUGAACUCUUUUUAGAGACAUUUUCUGGGAGUAAGUGAUGAAAGUGAUGCUGAGUUUGGGAAUAUAUUUUCAUCCAGAGCUCUACAGGUUUACAGCUCUUUGUAUUCAUCCGUGUGUUUGUGUGUGUGCUUUACAGACUCAUGCUUUAGAUUUACGUAGCUGUUUAUUGGUUUUAUCUUAAACUAUGUAUAUACAUAUACAUACCUUUUUUGUUUGUUCAUUUAUUUUUGUUUAACGAGGGAGGGAGAUCAUGCAUUUAUUAAUUAAUUAUUGAGUUUUGUCAUUUGCUUUAAAGUGUCAGGGGUUCCAUGUUUGAACCAAAACAGCUCCCACCCAUCGGUCUCCGCAGUGUUUUAAUGUCUGAACAACCAGUGUCUCAUCCUGUGUCUAGAUGAUUUAAAUAACUUUACUUCUAAGAAGCUAAGGAAAAUUUGUGAAUAUAACCCUGUGUUUCUGGUUCUCUAAAGCAUUUAAUGGUUUGUCUUAUUGAUCUUGCCUUUCGUUGAAAGUAUUAGAGGUUUUCCAAUCGAUUGGAAAUGUAAACUCUUUGAUUUCCAUAAAGAAAAACAAAAAAGUGUUCCUUAUUUGUUUUCUUUUUCAACACAUCUCUUCUAUCAUAUACACACUGAGAUUUCAG